UAACAGUCUUAACACACCUCAUACUACAAACCACAUAUAAUUAAUCCCAACAAUACUCCCUUUGGAGUCAACCAAAGCUACGACAGUCGAGUGGCGGGACAAGCUACGCAGAAGUUUACCGAAGAUCAGGAACCUAUACCUUACAAUCAAGAAGCGAGCACAAAGAAAUCAAAUUGGCUUAUACUAGCUCGUAAAAACGAUAUUGGAUAUUGGAUCCUCAGUCGACUCGUUCAAGAACCAAUUAAACAAACUCAGAUACUUAUUAAAAUAACAUUUGCACAUAUUUGAAGACUCCCGUCAUCAACUAAAAAUUAUGAAAUCUGGAAGUAGUGUAAUCUAAAUUGAAUAUUGCAUCACAGUCCCAAAAAUUCAACUGGUUGCGUGUCGGCAGCGUUUUGUGAGGUUCUACUGGCCUUACAACAUAACCGACUGAAACCAAGGAAGUCAAUUCUAUAAUUCGAAAGGGAGAAUGGUUGAAUAUGCACCAAGAGAAAUCCUAGUGUUGACGUUUUUUCUCUCUACUAUGAGAGUUUGGAAUUUCCACAAUCUAGCAUGCAGAUUUAAUUUUUGCUGUUCAUUUCUCUAACAGGUUGAUUUAAUAUGUCCCAUAAGCGACCGGAGCACUCUCUUCCUCCUGAAUUGUAUUAUAAUAGUGAUGAAGCCCGAAAAUACAGUUCUAAUUCUCAUAUAAUUGAUAUCCAAACACGCAUAACAGAAAGAGCUUUGGAAUUACUUGCUCUACCCGAGGAUGAGACGUGUAUGAUUCUGGACAUUGGAUGUGGCUCUGGUUUGAGUGGAGAGGUUAUAACUGAAAAUGGUCACAACUGGGUUGGCGUUGAUAUAAGUAAAGACAUGCUAGACGUGGCAUUAGACAGAGAAGUAGAGGGUAGUUUGUUACUUGGUGAUCUUGGUUGUGGAUUGCCGUUCCGCGGUGGGUCAUUUGAUGGAGCUAUAAGUGUUUCAGCCAUACAGUGGUUGUGCAACGCUGAUAAGUCGUCACAAAAUCCUGUUGUACGCCUCAGACGGUUUUUCUCCUCAUUAUACAGUUGCCUGACUCGCAGCGCAAGAGCUGUUUUACAGUUCUAUCCAGAAUCUGUUGUUCAAGCAGAUUUACUGCAGAAUGAAGCUAUGCGAGCUGGAUUUUCUGGUGGUCUCAUCAUUGACUUUCCGAAUAGUACACGAGCCAAAAAAUACUUUCUAGUACUGGAUGUUUCCAGUUCUCGACGUAUACCUCAACCGUUGAAUGACAAUACUACAGUAAAUGUUGCUCGUGAUAAACUGGAGAAUUUACGACAAUCUCGACAGAUGAAAAAACCACCAAAGCAUAGUGUUGCUUGGAUUAAACAAAAGAAACAACGUGCUAAAGAUCAAAUGAAAGAAGUCGCGCAUGACUCUAAAUAUACUGGACGUAAACGUCGUCCAAAAUUUUGAUAAAAGCCUAUCAAAAUAUAAAUCUGUGCAUACGUACGUAUAUAUAAUGUAAAAAACUAUGUUACGCUUAUAUAUAUAUAUAUAUAUAUAUAU